AUUUUUUAUGUUCGAAGUACUGUAUAUAACUGCAACUAAUUCUUCAAUAAUGCAUCCUAGAAACAAAUAUUUCAAUAAUCCUGCAGACUUUGGAAAACUAGGAGAAAAAUAUUCUAAAUUUCGCAAGUAUUUAGUGCGAACAUCGAGUGGAUAUACAAUAAAUUUCAAAGAUCCAAAAGCUUUGCGUGAACUAACAGUUUGUCUUCUUCAUCAUGAUUUUGGAUUGACGGUUGAGUUGCCUCUUGAUAGACUUAUACCAACUAUCACAUUAAGAUUGAACUAUAUUCAUUGGAUUGAAGAUUUACUUCAAAUGUUACCAAAGAAUGAUCAGACACAGAUUACAGGAAUUGACAUUGGCACUGGUUCGUCCUGUGUUUAUCCUCUUCUUGGAGCGAAGAUUAAUAAUUGGAAAUUCUGCGCUACGGAAGUUGAUGAAAUAUCGUAUCGUUUUGCAAUCGAGAAUGUGAAAAAAAAUCAUUUUGAGGAAACUAUACGAGUACAUCUGGCGACACCAGACGUAAUCUUGGUGGACUUGUUGAAGGAGGGCGAGCAGUAUGAUUUUACUAUGUGCAAUCCACCAUUCUUCGCCGAUAAGUCGGAAACAGUUGGGAGCUCGAGAACUGGCGAUCGUCCCCGACCGAGCUCUGUGUGUACAGGUUCAGAGUCUGAGACGGUGACUUCGGGAGGAGAGGUGGCGUUUGUUGGAAGAAUGAUUGAAGACAGUUUAAGACUGGGGUCUAGAGUUAAAUGGUUUACGUCAAUGUUAGGGAAAAAAUCAAGUUUAGCUUCCGUUUUAACAAAGCUAAGACAAAAUAAAAUUUCCAAUAUUAUCACCACAGAGUUCUGUCAAGGCAAGACAAUGAGAUGGGGAGUUGCAUGGACCUUUUUAUCGGAUGUUCCGACGCAGGAUACGCCAAAAAAAAGACGUAAAAAUAAACCACUGGAGUUUACAUUUUCUUCGACGUCAGUUUGUUCAAAAGAGGCACUUUCUGGGAUAAUGAAUAUCAAUCAAUACAUCAAUAAAAUUUCGAAAAGAUUUAAAGAAAUGCUUAACAAUCUUCAGGUACAGGUUUUGUCUGAAAGUUCAUCAGAUGAAAAAAAGAUGAAGUUAUCGAGACUUCACUGUUGUGCUACCCAUAAUACCUGGGCCAACCAGAGACGUAAACGACGUGAAGCGGCUGGGAAACUGAAAACUAGUAAACAACUUUCAACCAAAGGAACUUCAGAAGAUGAGCAAUCAAAAAAUCCACCAAGAACGUCAGAGAUUAGCCUUGAAGAAUUAGUUACAUCAGAUCAAGAUACAGUUUCCAAAGUUUCAACUGGAAAUAAACGAAGACACUCGUCUUCUCCUGAUAUUACAAAACGCAAGUUCUUAAAAUCAGACGAUACGGAAGAGAGUAAACAAGUGUUGAUUGAGUUCGCCUUGUCUCUUGGAACUAAAUGCAAUGAUCUUGUGGAAGAUAAUGUUUUACCUGAAAUGUUUUUACAAAUGGAAUGGAUUGACGGGCAAGAUCGGAAUUGCAUGUACCAGUUGUUUCAGUAUUUUAAAAAUCGUUUUAGCUCCUAAGACUUUUCAGAAAAGAGAGAUUAGUCAGGUGAAUU